UUAACCGACGUGGGACUCAACUUAGAUCAACAAAUAAGAUGUCACUUAUUUUUGUCCCUUCCUCCUUGUAUUCCUCGAACUUCUUUCUGUAGCCAUUUCAUCUUCUACCAAGGAUCAUGUGGUGGAUUAGAAUUCAUCAUAAACUGAAAUUAUAAUAGUUAUUGUAUUGAAAUAAAUUAGUACUAAUUUUCUAAUGUAAAUGAUGGUUUUUGGAUGAUGUAUUUUGCAAACUUAAGAAAAUGAUGAUAUACUUUCUAUCUAUUUGUUGGAGUUGAAAGGAAGAAAAGAAAGCUAAGGACACGGUUUAGAGAGAUGAAAAUAGAAGACUACAGUAAAUGCUGAAUGUUUUCUGCUUUUCACAACCCAACUAGAAUUCGAGUUAUCCUGGGAUUUCUUAUCUCACCAUUGAAAAGCUGAAAUAGAAAAUGCUUAAAGGUGUUUGAGAAAGAGAAGGGCAAGGUAAGAAACUCACUAAGCUGAACACAAGAUUGCCAAUUUAACCAUCGUAUAAAAUAUAGCUCUCACCCCCCCCAACCCGAGAUGGCCCAAAGCAACCAUGUGCCAUCAUGCAAAGCAAGCAAGAGACUCAUUGGUUUAUUCAAACCUCCAAGUGAGAAUUUGAGAUGGCAUCAUUUGCAGGCACUGCACAGAAAUGUAAUACAUGUGAAAAGAAAGUCUACUGGGUGGAACAGCUCACUGCUGAUAACAAAGUGUUCCACAAGUCUUGCUUCAGAUGCCACCAUUGCAAGGGCACACUCAAGCUGAGUAACUAUUGUUCUUUUGAGAGUGUUCUAUACUGUAAGCCUCAUUUUGAUCAACUCUUUAAGAUGACUGGCAGUUUGUACAAAAGUUUUGAAGGUAUAACAAGAAUUUAUAGAGUUGAAAGAUCAACUGAUCAGGUCCAAGCAUAUAACAAGGUUUCAAGAUUUUUUGCUGGAACUCAAGAAAAAUGUGUUGGUUGCAAGAAAACAGUGUACCCAAUUGAAAAGGUAGCUGUUGAUGGAGAAUCUUACCAUAAGAAUUGCUUCAGGUGCACACAUGGAGGUUGUAUAAUCAGUCCAUCAAACUAUGUGGCACAUGAACAUCGCCUUUAUUGUAGACAUCACCAUACUCAGAUCUUCAAACAGAAGGGUAAUUUCAGCCAAUUUGAUAAGAUUGAACAAGUCUAAGGGAUGACUGAGAACACAACAUCUCAGUUAUUAUAAUACUAUAAUGCAGUGGCAAUAAUUAAUAUACAAGUUUAGAAGAUCAUGUCUGUUUUUUGUUAUCAAAUGACACUGUUACAAUACUUAAUUGGUUCUUCUAUUUGUUUGAUUAUGCAAGUUAUAUAAUAUUUGUUUGGAAAGUUUAUAAAAGAAUUUUAACAUUUUGUUGAAA